UCUUAACUCACAUCGCGGUCAAAGGUGAAGAACAAGUUUCUCAAAAUGGCUCAAAGGUACCAGGCCGUCAGUAGAGCUCUUCCAUCGGAGUCUGAUAGUGAAGCAUCAACCAGUGAAACUAUCACAUUUGAAAAAGAAGUUGGCGAGACUCGGAACUCGCUGGAAGGACUGCCACGCGAUGUCAUGGUGGCGAUACUACAAAAGGUUGGGGUCUUUGAUAUACUGGAGAAUGUUCAGCAUGUGUGUGAGUCAUGGCAUGAAAUCUGCCAAGACCCUGCAUUGUGGCGGUCCAUUGACAUGUCCGACAUCAUCGAUUACUAUACUUCAGAUGAUCAGACGUUCGAGAUAAUCAAGCAAGCAAUUGAUCGAAGUUGUGGCCAGUUGAUCGAUAUCAGCCUGGAGCAUGACUGCAAUGACGAUAUCCUCAAAUACAUUACUGACAGGAAAAAUCAGGUGAGACGUCUUAAACUUGUUACUAGCUGGAACAUUACAAAUUACGGAUUAAGUGAAGCUGCUAAAAUGAUGCCAUCCAUGGAAGAACUCCAUCUUCAUUUUGGAAGCAUCACAGAAGUAGGUCUUGAAAAUGUUGGGCGCAGCUGCCCCGGUCUGAAAUCACUCACACAUAAUCAAAAUAUACCAGUGGAUGAUCCAAAUUCCGUAGCACUUGCUAUCUCAAGAACUAUGUCUCAGUUGCGUCACCUGAACCUUAUUGGGAAUUACAUGACUAACACAGGCCUGCAAGCCAUUCUAGAUGCUUGCCCUCAUCUUGAAUCACUUGAUCUUAGGCUGUGUAAUUAUGUUGACCUGUCUGGUGAGUUGGGUAAAAAAUGUUCUUCUAUAAAGACAUUCCGCCACCCCAAUGAGUUUGUUGGUGAAAAUGAGGGACGUAGAUUCUUCUUCGAUUCCGAUAUUGAUGAUAGAUAUUGAUGAUGAAAAUGAUGAUUACAUAAUCUUUGAUAUAUGUUUAAUGUAAUCUUUUUAUGUAAUCUUUUUGUCUUUAAUUUAGUUGUAUAUUUUUUAUCUUGACUUUACAAGUGAUUUUUUUACUGAAAACUCAGAUUAAGUGGUAGUGUUAUUAC